AUGAUGGCUAAUCGAUUAGUCGGUCUUCGUGGUCAACUUGGACGUUGUUUUAGUACAAGUGGUAGCCUUUUUCAAGCAACAACAACACCAAAAUCACCUUUAUCAACAUCAUCGGAAUCAACAUCAGCAUUGAUUCCUCCACCUAUCCGUGUAUUCGGUGUCGAAGGUCGUUAUGCAUCAGCAUUAUUUUCUGCAGCAUCAAAACAAAAAAAACUUGAUCAAAUCGAUGCUGAUUUUCAAAAAUUAGAUAGUCUUUUAACACAACAUAAAAGUAUUGGCGAUUUAUUUCGUAAUCCAGGUGUAACACGUGAACAACGUAUGGCUUUAAUUAAAGAAUUAGGUGUAUCUGAUAUGACACGUGCUACAUUAGAAACACUUAUUGAUAAUCGACGAGAAAAAAAAUUAAUAAAAUUUGUUUCAGUUAUGAAUCGUUUAAUGGCUGCUAAUCGAGGUGAACUAUCAUGUCGAGUUAUAACAGCUAAACCAUUAGAUGCAAAAUCACGUAGUGAACUUGAUUCGGUAUUAAAACAAUUUAGUAAAAAAGAUGAAAAAGUUACUGUUGAAACAACUGUUGAUCCAUCAAUUAUGGGUGGAAUGAUUGUAGAAAUUGGUGAUCGUUAUAUUGAUAUGAGUCGUUCAAUGUUUAUUCAAUCUCAAGAAACUCCAAAUCCAAAUAGUCUUAAAUUUUUACCUGGUCGUCCUGUUCUUGAUUUAGGUGUUGGUACUCGAGAUUUUCCUAAUAUUCAAUCAGCUUAUUGUUCUCCACUUGCUAAACAAUUAUUUCGUGUUGAAGGUGUUAAAUCUGUAUUUUUGGGUUCUGAUUUUAUAACAAUAACAAAACAACAUGAUGAUAUUCAAUGGCAAGUAUUAAAACCUGAGAUUUAUGGUGCAAUCAUGGAUUUUUUCACAACAAACUUACCUGUUGUCAAUGACGAUAUUGAACCACCAGCAAGUAGUGUAUCCUCUGAGGAUGAUGAUACAACAGCAAUGAUUAAGGAAUUACUUGAUUCAAGAAUACGACCAACAGUUCAAGAAGAUGGAGGUGAUGUAACUUUUGUGUCUUUUGAUGAUGGAAUUGUUAAAUUAAAAUUACAAGGCGCAUGUACAUCAUGUCCAAGUUCGAUGGUCACAUUAAAAAAUGGCAUUCAAAAUAUGUUACAAUUUUAUAUACCAGAAGUUAAAGGAGUUGAACAAACAGAAGAUGAAGUUGAUAAAAAAGCAAAAAAAGAGUUCGAAGAAUUUGAAGAAAAACUCGAACAUGACGAAGAUGAAGAAGAAAAAGAAGAAGCAAAGUCUUCAUCAAAAAAAUGA